UCAGUCAAACUUGUUACAGGUUUCCAAUCUGGAGUAUGUGAUGGAGGCUCUCCAGGAGCAAGCGGUAGUUAUGCUAGAACCACCAUCAAUGGCAUCUGCUUUUAUGACUUCUUUCCAUUCAAAACAUUACAGUCAAAUCUGGGAAAAGCUGUAUCGCAAUCCAGAAUUCUAUCAGGGGCAAAAAACGAAUGACAAUAGUAACAAUGUUAUUGUGGCAAUUGAUGAAAAAAGCAUGGAAAAUGUCAACUUUAAAGAGGGUUCUGUUUUUUCAGGAAAGAGGAAACAUGGAAGCGAAUUGACGGCCUCAGAGCUGCUAGGUUUAGAUGAAGACUUGGAAGCUCCCAGCAAAGACCUUUCCAUGAGAAAAAGUGGAUACUUGUCUGUCCUUUAUUUACGCCAUUUGAGAAUCAGAGAAUUACAGAGAAUUUGUUUGGGAAUCCUCAACUAUUUCCGAUCCAUCGAAAGAACCCUGACCAUCAGCACUUCCGGUCUUGCCUCGUGCAGCGGACAUCUGAAUUCCACUGCAGAAGAUGCCAGCUGGGUGAAUGCAGCCAAAGGAGGCACUGGCGCCUUUGGGGGUCUUGGCUCACACUCUUACAUGCAUUACACUCCAGCUGACUAUAAGGUCCACUGUGUGCAGUUUAUGGAGUUUGCUGAGGUGGAGAACCAUGAUGAUUUUUACAGUGUUGAGGAGGCAUACAUUCAUACGCAGGAUCAGAGAGGGGCUUUGGUAAUGUAUGAUGUGGCCCUCCGAGACCUGAAAGAGACAGAAAAGCAACUUCUGCUUGUGGCGAGCCAGUACAUUGAGGUGGGAAAAGGCCAGAAAGCAGGCCCCGAUUCCUCCAGCAGCAGCUAUUCAAAGGGGGCACAAACAUCAGUGGAUCGAUCGGCAGUCUUGCUUGACCUUUGGACUUGUGAAGCAGAUUUCUUAAAAAAUAAGUGGCAGCUUCUCGAUAGUUACUUUGAAGUAUACCAACAUGCGUUAGAUUCAGAAGAAAGAUUUGCAUUGGCCCAAGUUAUAACUAACAUCAUAUACAGACGUCCUCGAUUUGAUUUCCACCUUGAGUAUUUUGUGAACACUUACAGAAAUGAAUGCACUUGUCUAAAGCUUCACCUCUGCUUGGUGAGAGAUAUUAUGAACCGACAGAUAGAGAAUCUGCGUAAAUAUAAUUAUAAAAUUUGGCGUGGUGGUCCUAAAGGUUGUAUCUCCGAAUUUGGCUUUCCUCCAUAUAUAGUUACAAAACAGUUAAUUGCUCUCAGUAACAGCCCUACGGCUCUGAAGAACAUGUAUUUAUUGGAAUUCCAUUCCUCUCUUGGCCUAGUAUCUUUAAUUCCUAAAGCUCUAGAUUGUAUCCUUCAAGAGUUCCAGCAAAUCUGUAGGCCAAACACAGGCAGUGAGGCCAUUCAUUUGGAGGAACAAAUACUUCAACUUUCGUUGGAUGGAUGGAUGACCAUGGAAAAUCCAGAAUCUUUUUAUGGCACUCAAAUUCAGAGAGAUAUAUUUGCAGAUGUUCUGGUUGAGGAUCCUCUUAUUAUAAAAGAAAUUGUUACAUCAGCUUUGAAAUCAGCAUCAGAAGAAGAACAGAGAUCAAGCAAAGAAAAGCAAACUAUUACUCUGAAUGUCUUUUCAAGACUCCUUGAACUUCUAACUCUCCGUCAUCGGUUGAUCGAGGCAGCAGUAGAAGGGGCACAGCUGGGCAGACUGUACAAAGAAUUUGCAGAAGAAAUGGGCUUUAAUGGGUUCCAUCUGUACCUAAGGCCAGUGUACUUUGAAUGUGCAACUCACAAAGAGAAGGCUGACCAGCGCUCCCCAAUAUUCAUUGCUUCACUUCUAGAAGAUCAUGACAUUAAUGUGGACAGAUACAUUCCUUCCAGCUUAAUGUUAGAGAUCCAAGAUAUAGACAAUCAAAUUGGAAAAUUUAGCUUUUGCACGAGGGAGAGCAUUCUGCAGCUAUUGCUGAAGCAUUAUGGAAUGGAAAACUUGCAGAUCGCUCUUGCCUGCCAAGUCACACAUAAAAACAUGCUCCUUGUAGCUGUUCAACAGGCUGCAUUUUGUCCAUCAGUGCAGCCCACACUAACUGGAGACUUAAAGGAAGGACACCUAAGUGUGAAAGCUCAAAGCAGCAACUCACCCAAUGGAAGAAGUUCUACAGUUGGGAGUGAAGCAGAGGAUGCCUUGAUGUCUCAUUCCUUUAGGAGAUUUGCAACUGGAGGUUGCAAUUCAAAGAGAUCUACCGAAGCUUUUGUUUCAAUUCAGCUGGAGAAACAGGGUCCACGUGACCUGAUGCUGAAUACAUUCAUUCAGAAGAAACAAAUCUUGGGGAAUAGAAUACAAAAUCCAGAUGAAGCUGAAAAAGUCAAAAGAGAAGUCAUUGCUGAAUAUUGCCACAGGCAAGUGCAAGAAAUAUAUGCAGUAUCUCUCCUUAAGAGUCAUACAUAGGAUGUUUGUUUUUCCCCACAGUCUGUG